UCAAGUGGAGGACACUGGCUGUUUGCACUCCGGAGCGACGCAAUUUUGGGGGAUUUACAGCACUAGAUACCCAAAUAGUAACAAUGUCUCAUGCAUGGGGAUACGCACCGGACAAUGGACCCGACAAAUGGUGUGAAGGCUUCCCAAUUGCCAACGGACCCCGCCAGUCUCCCAUUGACAUUGUACCUGGGGAGGCUGCCUUCGACGCAGCCUUGAAGGCGCUCACGUUGAAGUACGACCCUUCCACCUCCAUUGACAUUCUCAACAACGGACAUUCCUUUCAAGUGACCUACGCCGACGACAACGACAACUCAACUCUGACAGGGGGGCCCAUUUCAGGGACGUACAGGCUAAAGCAGUUCCACUUCCACUGGGGCGCCAGCGACGACAGGGGUUCUGAGCACACUGUGGCCGGGACCAAGUAUGCUGCUGAGCUCCACCUGGUGCACUGGAACACCAAGUACCCCAGUUUUGGUGAUGCUGCUAGCCAGUCUGAUGGCCUUGCUGUUGUAGGAGUCUUCCUCCAGGUUGGAAAUGAAAAUGCCAAUCUUCAGAAGGUCCUUGAUGCUUUUGAUGCCAUUAAAGCCAAGGGCAAGCAGACCUCUUUCGAGAACUUUGACCCCACCAUCCUGCUCCCCAAGUCCCUAGACUACUGGACUUACGACGGCUCCCUGACCACACCCCCUCUGCUGGAGAGUGUCACCUGGAUUGUCUGCAAGGAGUCAAUCAGCGUCAGCCCUGUCCAGAUGGGCAAAUUCCGGAGCCUGCUCUUCUCCGGAGAGGGUGAAGCCGCCUGCUGCAUGGUGGACAACUACCGCCCCCCUCAGCCCCUCAAGGGCCGCGCUGUGCGUGCAUCCUUCAAAUAAAUCCCCCUGCCCCCCAAUCCCCCUUCCCCCUCUGCUUAGUGAGACACCCAGGCGUGCCUCCCCUGCAUUAAGCCUCAGAGCAUUUUACAUUUUUUUGAAGAACAAAAUCCCUCCUUUCCUGUCGCCUCUCUUGAGCGAUAACCAUCCAGAGAAGCCCUGAUGUACACAAGACAAGCACUCCACAGUGGUGGCUAUAAUGUGACAGAUUUACCGGGAUUUUGCCUCCGGUGCCAAUGUUGUAGACAGCUACUGGGCUCUGUAGUUUUUCAUAGAUAGAGAGAUAGGAUGCGUCAACAAACAAACAAAGCUUGCAAAGAGGCUAAGAAUAUAGAAAUAUAGCUGGGAUAAUGUCAUAGAUGAUUCAGUUGGAGAAAGACAAGCAGACCUGACUAGCAGUCAGUGACAGGCCUUGGAUGGAUGAAACUGCUUCACCAUCUGUGAAUAGGGCCAGACACACACACACACACACACACACACACUGCCAGUCUGUCUGUAAUCUCUGAUUGACUGCCUGCCUCAGGAUCAGGGCAGCUUAAUGGAACACAGCGGUCGCUUCCAUCACACCCGAUCGAACCAGAAAAUACCCCUCUGGCA